CUGGGAGGAAUGGCAGGAUCUGGACGAUGCUCAGAGGACCCUAUACAGGGAUGUGAUGCUGGAGACCUACAGCAGCCUGGUGUCCUUGGGGCAUUGCAAUCCCAAACCUGAGGUGAUCGCCAAGCUGGAGCAGGGAGCACAGCCAUGGAUGAGAGAAGAAGGCCCAAGCCAUACACUCACAGGGCACUGCACCCCCAGCCCAGAGGAGACCAUCAAACUGGAGCAGGGAGCACAGCCAUGGAUGGGAGAAGAACACCCAAGCCCGACCCUUACAGGUUUGAAUCCAGCAUUUUCACAGGCACCCAUUUGGAUAAAGCAGCUGCUCUCCAGGUGUUUUGCUUCUGUCUCAUAGAAAAGUGGGAACUAUUGACAUUCAGAGAUGUGGCCAUUGAUUUCUCUCCAGAGGAGUGGGAAUGCCUGGACCCUGCCCAGUGGAAUUUAUAUAGGGACGUGAUGUUAGAGAACUACAGAAACCUGGUCUCCCUGGGUCUUGCUAUAUCUAAGCCAUAUCUGGUCACCUUUCUGGAGCAAAGGAAGGAGCUUUGGAAUAUGGAAAGAGAAGAAAUAGUAGCCAUUUCCCCAGCUGUAUCUUCUCAUUAUAUCCAAGACUUUUCAGGAGAGCAGUGUAUAAAACAUUUGCUCCAGAAUAUGAUAAAGGGAAGAUAUGGAAAUUGUGGCCUUGACAAUUUAUACGUAAGGAAAGAAUGGGAAAGCAUGGGUGAGAGUGAAGGUCAGAGUAUAUGUUAUGAUGGACAUAACCAAUGUGUGAUACCUGUCCACAGCAAAAAAUUGUUGGUCAAUGGAGAUGAAGAGCAUCCAUCAUCUCAGAAAAGAUCUCAGUUUAUUCCAGUUUCUUCUGAAGAGCCAUGUGUUUGUAUAAGUAAGUAUCCACACCAAUUUUUGAAAGAUAACUUCCCUUUGAAAGGAAAAAUAGAGAAUCUGAAAAGGGGCCUACCUCAUUCUACUGGGUUAAACUUUAACUUAAACAUCUCUAUUGACAAUGGAUUUAAAAAUGAAGAAAUUUGUAAAUGUGAUCAGUUUGAGAGUCCCUUUAGAAAAAGUUCAUCCUGCAAUGAAGAAACAAUUUCUCCUUUGGUCAAAAUACACAAUUUUAAUGAUUAUGAUAUUUUUACUUUCCCAUUAUUGAUUAAUCCAGAUGCAGAUAUGGAUAUCUGGAAUGUACACUACAUUCAUAAUGAAACUAGGAAUCCCUUUAGCCAGGGGUCUAUUCUAAAUAAUUACCCAGAUACUUACAUUGGUGAGAAAAUUUACGAACGUGAUGAAACUCACAAAGACUUCAUCUGUGGCUCAAAUCCUUGGAAACAUGAGUGGACUUGCUUUCCAAAGGGUCUUUCUCAAGAUAAAAAAGGUAGGAAAAUCUAUAAAUACUCAAAAUUUGCUACCCUCCCAAGUAUCCAUAUUCAAAACAACACUUACAGAUAUAAAGAAUGUGGCAAAACUUUUAAUCAAAUUUUAGACCUUAUUCAAUAUCAGAAAAUUCAUUCUGGAGAGAAACCUUACAAAUGUAAAGAGUGUGGCAAAGCCUUUACCCACGAUUCAAGGCUUAAACAACACCUGCACGUUCAUGGUGUAAGAAAGAAACCCUGUAAAUACAAAGAAUGUGGUAAAGCUUUUAAUCAGAUCUCAGGUCUUACUCAAAAUCAGAGAAUGUAUACUGGAGACCAAUCCUACAAAUGUAAAGAAUGUGGGAAAGUCUUUACCCAGGAUUCACGACUUAAACAACACCUGAGAAUUCAUAGCACUGGAGAGAAACCCUACAAAUGUAAAGAAUGUGGCAAAACUUUUAAUCAAACUUCAGGCCUUUCUCGACAUCAGAGAAUCCAUACUGGGGAGAAACCUUACAAGUGUAAAGAAUGUGGCAAAGCCUUUGCCCAGGACUCAAGCCUUCGCCAACAUCAGAGAAUUCAUACUGGAGAGAAACCCUACAAAUGUAAAGAAUGUGGCAAAACUUUUAAUCAGAUCUCAGUCCUUACCCGUCAUCAUAGUAUUCAUACUGGAGAGAAACCCUACAAAUGUAAGGAAUGUGGGAAAGCCUUUAACAGGCUUUCAUAUGUUGCACAACACUACAGAAUUCAUACUGGGGAGAAACCCUACAAGUGUAAUGAAUGUGGCAAAGCCUUUACCCUGUAUUCAAGCCUUAGAAACCACCUAGGAAUUCAUAAUGCUGGUGAGAAGCCCUACAAAUGUAAAGAAUGUGGCAAAGCUUUUAAUCAAAUUGCUAACCUUUCUGUACACAAAAGAAUUCAUACAGGAGAAAAACCCUACAAAUGUAAAGAAUGUGGCAAAGCCUUUAAUGUUCGUUCAAACCUUACUCAACAUCAAAAACAUCAUACUGGAGAGAGACCCUACCAAUGUAAAGAAUGUGGCAAGUCCUUUAUUCAAAUUUCAAACCUUAUUCAACACCGGAGAAUUCAUAUAGGAGGAAAGCCCUACAAAUGUAAAGAAUGUGGCAAAGCUUUUAAUCAAAGCUCAAACCUCAUUCGGCACCAGAUAAUUCACUUAGGAGAGAAACCCUAUAGAUGUAAACAAUGUGGCAAAGCCUUUAAUGGUUCUUCAAAUCUUACUCUCCACCAGAGAGUUCAUACUGGAGACAAACCCUACAAAUGUAAAGAAUGUGGCAAAGCAUUUAAACGAAUCUCCAGUGUUACUGUACACCAGAGAAUACAUACUGGAGAGAAACCCUACAAAUGUAAAGAAUGUGUCAAAGCCUUUAGCGAUUGUUCUGCCCUUAUCCAACACAAAAGAAUUCAUACUGGUGAGAAACGAUACAAAUGUAAAGAAUGUGGUGAGGGCUUUAAUAAAAGCUCUCGACUUACUAUGCACCAGAGAAUUCAUAAUGGAGGGAAACUCUAUAAUUGUAAAGAAUGUGGCAAAGUCUUCAAUGAUUGUUCAACUCUUACUAACCAUCACAGUAUUCAUACUGGAGAGAGACCUUACAAAUGUAAAGAUUGUGGCAAAGCCUUCAAUGAUCGUUCAACUCUUGCUCAGCACCAUAGAAUUCAUACUGGAGAGAAGCCAUACAAAUGCAAAGAAUGUGGCAAAGCUUUUACUCAAAGCUCACACCUUACCCGACACCAGAGAAUUCAUACUGGAGAGAAACCCUAUCAAUGUAAAGUAUGCGGCAAAGCUUUUAAUCAAAGCUCAAACCUUACUCAACACCAGAAUAUUCAUAGUGAGGAUAAAUUGUAAAAAUGUAAAGAAAGUGGCAACUCUUAUUCAGAUUUCAAACCUCAUUCGUGGAAUGACUGUGGGAAGAUCUUUGUCCCAAAUAUACUUGUCAG